AAAUUUGUGAAUUUGUGAUUUUUUUUUCCUUUGAAAGUUAUUAAUGAUUUUCAUAUGCUUUGCAGCUUUCAGAUCGUGCGUAUUGUGAGAUAAAUAAAAUAAAAAAAAAAGGAGAAAAUUCUUGAAGCAGUCAUACAUACCAUUGAUGUGGUGACGCACUAAGAGGAAAUUAUCACAUACGUGAAUACCUAAUUGAUACAAUCUACACCAGAGAAAGGAUGAUUCUUCAUUGCAUAUUUUUGGAUAAAAACUGGGUGCAUCUAUAAAACGUGAUAACAAUUCACGCAACAAUUUACGCAUUUGUUUACGCAAGGAAAAAUGAAUUUAUGCGCCUACUGAAAAACGCGAAUUUUCAAGCAGCAUGCGUUUCUGGUUACCCUCAUUUCUAAUUAUUCUCUACUGUUGGGUAGAUGUUAUUAUUUCGGUGAUCGCUUUUGGCUUCUAUCAAACAUCAUUCAAAUUUGAUCUUCAAAUUAUCUGGGAUUAUAUAACAUUCAAUGUGCCCUAUCAUUUCAUCACUUCUCCCAUUGAUUUCCUAUUAUUUACUGCUUUUCGACUCCUCGUAAUGCUGAUCCUUCUCAUGCUCAAGGUCAACUGUGAAAAUCCAUGGCAUGAAAAAUUUUUCAUACCACUUUUGGGAGUAUUUAUUCUAAAUUGGACCUUCUCGCUGAUAAAAUUACUUGCAUUCUCGGAAAAAAUCGAGCAAUUUGUUUAUUUCGGGUUUUGGCUAAAUGUUAUUUGGAAUGUAUUAGCCGCUGCAUUAAUUAUAUUAUUUUGGAAUUUUGUACUGCGUACUAAUACCUCAUGGAGUUAUCGAUCGUUGACGGGUGACGCACAGGAUGUGACAUCAAGAUUGCAAGAUACUAAGGAGGAGUCCGAUCGUUUUGGUACCGGUCAGCAUAUUCUGCGAUUGCUUCGAUAUUGCAAAAAUCACUGGAAAUGGUUCGCAGCAGGAUUCUUCUUCCUUACUGUCUAUUCUUCAUCGCGGGUAUUUUUACCAUAUUGUACCGGUCGAGUACUUUCAAAUAUAGUACAAGCUCGAGGUGCUGCUGUUUUAGUCAAUUCUGUGCUGCUUAUGUCGGCUUUAACUGUCGUAAGUACAAUUACUGGUGGUCUUCGAGGUGGAAGCUUCGUUUACGCUACAGCUUUGGUGAAUCGUCAAAUGCGCUAUGAUUUGUUUAGUUCAUUGGUGGAACAAGAUAUCAGCUUCUUUGAUACAACUAACACAGGUGAAAUAACAUCACGCUUAACAACUGACUGUGAAACAAUGUCCUCAACAAUUUCCACCAACUUGAACAUCUUCCUUCGAAACAUUGUCAUGCUACUUGGUUCGCUGGUGUUCAUGGCUACUCUUUCAUGGCGCCUUUCUUUGGUUACUUUCAUUAUUGUACCGGUCGUUGGUUUCGUGACUAAAGUUUAUGGUGCAUACUAUGAUCUACUAACCGAAAAGACCCAAGCAACAAUAGCGGUAUCAAAUCAUGUAGCAGAACAGGUGGUUAGUACUAUGCGAACAGUGCGAUCAUUCGCUUGCGAGAAACGCGAAGCCAGAAAGUUUCAGCAGCAUUUGGAUGAAACGCUGCAUUUAAGCAGGAAAAAAGCAAUAGUCUAUAUGGGUUAUAUGUGGACUACCGAAUUCUGUGAUAAUGCUAUCCUGAUUGCUGUGCUGUUUUAUGGCGGCCAUCUUGUCUUGUCAGGAAAAAUGACAGUUGAUAAUUUGAUAUCUUUCUUAUUAUAUCAAAUGCAACUUGGAGAAAAUCUCUAUAACAUCAGUUAUGUAUUUACGGGUUUGAUGGAAAGUGUUGGUGCAUCGAGGAAAGUUUUCGAAUAUAUGAUGCGUAAACCAAAAAUUCUUCGCGUUGGAACGAAGAAGACGCCAAUUAAUGGAGAAGUUAAGUUCGAUUCCGUAUCUUUCACGUACGCUUCCCGACCAAACAAUCCUGUUUUGCAGGACGUCAGCUUUACUGUUCAUCCAGGUCAGACUGUUGCCCUGGUUGGACCAAGUGGCGGUGGAAAGUCGUCCAUCGUAUCUUUGAUUGAGCAUUUUUACGAAUGUGAUAAGGGCUGCGUGCUUAUUGAUGGAAAUCCAGUGGCAGAUUAUGAUCAUGAGUAUAUUCAUCAAAAAAUUGCUCUGGUUGCUCAGGAUCCAAUAUUAUAUGAGGGCACGGUGCGGGACAAUAUUAUAUACGGAUGUGAUUGGGCUACCGAGGAUGAUGUGUUAAAUGCUGCUAAAAUAGCUAAUGCGCAUAAUUUCAUCAUGGAAACUGAGAAGCAGUAUGAUACAAAUUGUGGCGAAAGGGGUAUUCAGUUGUCAGGUGGUCAGAAACAACGUAUAGCAAUAGCACGAGCUUUGGUCCGUCAUCCCGCCAUUCUGAUAUUAGAUGAAGCAACUUCAGCUUUAGAUGCAGAAAGUGAACACGUUAUACAAGAUGCUAUAGCGCGAUGUUCGAAGGAUAAAACCGUUAUUGUAAUUGCACAUCGCUUAAGUACAGUUGAAAAUGCUGAUCAAAUUAUUGUCAUUAGUAAAGGACAAGUGGUGCAGCAAGGUCGACACGAGAAUUUGCUGGAACAAGAUGGUAUUUACCGAGCUUUAGUACACCGACAACUUCUUGGACAUAGUUCAAGCAAAAUACAUUGAUAUGCUUUACGUUUCGAAUGCUUUUUUCGCUUUUUGGCAACUGUUAUUUUUCCUCAUUCUUCGAUGUGGAUUUCUGCAUAGAUUUUGGACCAAUUCGAUUUUUAAUAUUACGGAAUCAUUCGAAUAGUGAAAAUAAUUCACUGAAAGUAAUUUCUAUAUUUCCU